AUGGGGGCGACGGUGCCGCCAGUGAACGAUGACCCAGACAAGCUGGACCCCCCGGCCGACCAGGCAGACAGUGACUUGGAUGCGGAGGGAGAGGAGGAGACAGACUUGUACGAUAUGGAUCAGCAACUACAGAAUGCAGUCCACCAGGCAUACUCGGGCGAGGUUGCCGAGGAGAACGACCACCCUGGUAUAAAUGGUGGAGGCAUGAGCGCUGCCAUUAACGGCCGACAGGACGGUGGCGACAACGAUGAGACUGAGCCUGUCGGGGCUGUAAAACUUCCAGAUGAUGAUGACGAUAAUGAUGAUGAUGCUGCCUCCGAGAACGACGAUGCCUACUCUGGAACAGCCGACGGCGAUGUCGACCCCGCAUUUGAAGAAGACAACGAUCAAGCAGCUUCCGAGUCGAGUGAAUCAGAAUCAGAAGCAGAGGAAGACUGGGAGGCCGAGAGCAAUGGUCGUGAGGAUGCGGAUAUCGAUAUUCGCAGCGGAGCGAUAUGCAUUUUCUGCACCCAAGAUGAGGAACACGAUCCAAGUGAGGACUUUGAGGAGUGGUUGACAUGCGCAGUUUGUGGCGAUCAUUCCCAUCGGCAAUGCGCCCGUGAGCAAGAUGCCUUUGAUGAUUCCGAAGAUCCUUGGAGGUGUCCCAGUUGUGUUCAAAACAAUCUUGAACCUGACCCCGCGGAAUCGCCAGCACAACGAAAGAAUGGGGUUGGCCAUCUCACCAAAGAGCUUUUGCCUGCACAUGCAGGAAACCAAGACGAUGGAUUCCACUCCAUCUUCGAUACUAACAUCAGCGAUGAGCUGCUAAACAGUUCGCGCUCCUUGCGGAAAAGGAAAGCCUCAUCUGUCGAAGCAGAAGACCAUGUUCCCGUGCUACGGAAGCGACGGCGGCAAACCGACAUUUCUGACUCCCACGACAUUCCAUUUGACGGUACUGCCGAUCAGCGUGGUGAUGGAGCAGCAUCUCCUGCACGACCCAUGCGCCCUCGACGGACGCGAGCGGUCGAGCGCGAACAUUGCCGUAUCGUUACCAAGCAACUGGGGAAACUAGUUAUUGGUUUCCGAUUAGAAGAAGGCAAGGUGACCCGAAUCCUCAGCACUCAGAGUCGACCUCUUCGCAAGAAGAAGAAAGCCCCCAAGCCGCCGACCGCAGCUCAAGAAACCCAAGCCCAUUUUGCCCCCAUUCCCCCUGCACCCCACGUCAACCAUUUCCAUCCUUUCCACGAUCGGGAGACCGAUGAAUCCAAAUCCAAGCCAUAUGGUGGGAUCCUGUCUGAAGCGGAGGCCGACACUUCGAAGACCUUGCCCUUGCAAGCGGACCGAGACAAGUUUGAGCAGGCCCGUCAACGGGCUGAAGAUGAGUGGCAGCGCAAAGUCCGAGAAGCAGAAGUCAACGGUGAAGCAACCCCUACAGCCUCGCAGAAGGUGUCUGGUCCUCCAUCAAAGAUCAAGUACAUCAACUUUGGUGGCUACGAGAUUGAGACUUGGUACGCCGCACCUUAUCCGGAGGAGUACAGUCGCAAUCGUGUACUUUACAUUUGCGAGUUCUGUUUGAAGUACAUGAACUCGGACUAUGUCGCCUGGCGGCAUAAGCUCAAAUGCCCCGCAAAACACCCGCCCGGUGAUGAAAUUUAUCGGGACAGUUCGAUCUCAAUCUUCGAAGUGGACGGUCGGAAGAAUCCAGUCUAUUGCCAGAACCUCUGUCUCCUCGCCAAGCUGUUCCUGGGAUCGAAGACUCUGUACUACGAUGUUGAACCAUUUUUGUUCUACGUCAUGGCUGAGUACGAUGAUUUGGGUUGCCAUUUUGUUGGCUACUUCAGCAAAGAGAAACGACCGAGCUCGGCGAACAACGUAUCUUGCAUUCUCACCCUACCAAUUCACCAACGCAAGGGCUAUGGUAACCUCCUCAUCGAUUUCUCAUACCUUCUCACACGCAUCGAGGGCAAAAGUGGCUCACCUGAAAAGCCUCUCUCUGACAUGGGCUUGGUGUCUUAUCGCAAUUACUGGAGAUUGAUUCUUUCGUACCAACUUCGUGACCUCAAGACCCCUGUCAGUAUCGCAGAUCUGUCCGAUCGGACUGGCAUGACGGCAGACGACCUUACCUACGCACUUCGCCUCGAUAAGGACUACUUUGAAGAAGUGAUUGCCAAGUGGGAGAGCAAGGGCUAUGUGCAGCUCAAUCCCGACGCGCUUACAUGGACCCCAUACAUCAUGGGCCGGAACAACCAGUCGCAUUUCGACCGAACGCCUCUACAUGCGGUCGCACCUCGCGACGACCCAGAUGAGGAUGACGAGGAGCUUGACUCGAGAGAGGAUGCAGAUGAAGAUACAAUGGCGAAUGGAACAGAUACAGACGCGUUCGAUGAACCUGCCGGUCCACCGUCCACCGCUAACCUGCCGCAAAGAAACGGCAUUCACGAGCCGGAGCCCGCAGAGCCCGAGCCCAUCACCAACCCAGCUGCUGGCAUUCCCCCUUCACGCUUUGAGCUGUGGCCUCCAGUACAUGUUCCCGCUCCACCCAAACGCAAGCCUGGCCGCCCAUUCGGCAGUUACAAGAACAACUCUCGGACACCCACUGCUACUCGGACGAGUGGUCGCAACACGCCACGACGAGCCUCGGGGCUUCCCUUUUUCACUCCCAACGGCGGCACCCCCAGUAUGCGCCGUGGGCGUAGCGCCAUGGCAAUGGACUCCCCGGCGACGGACGCGACUCCUGCCCAGACCACGGGCGUUGAUGAAAGUGAGCUUGCCGACGAGGAUGCGGUCCUCGACCCCAGUCCCGAAGAUCUUGGUCUCGUAGUGGAUGAUGCAGCAACACCAGCUACAGGUGGCGAAGCCGUGGAGAGCGAAGAGAUUGAGCAAUCCGAGGUGAAUGGAGAUGACCAGCAAGAUGAUUCCACAGAAACCAACGGCCUCAAUCACGACGAGCUGGAAGCUGCCGAUGAGUCGGACGCUGAAGGUGACCCCGAGUUUGAGUCAGAAACUCCUCAGACCCCGGAGAAGAAACGGACAUCGGCAUCCAAGUCUCCGACGGCCACAUCGCAAAAAUUCAAAGGGAAGCAGUCAGAUCAGCAUACCAAGACCCCACAAUCUGUCAACCGCAAGGCCUUGGUAGAGAAGUUCCAGGUGGUUGUCUCCGCCGAACCCGAAUCAGGGAGGCGGCGAAACAGCAAGAUUGCCACCACCGACACCAAUGGGAUUGACUCCGACGUUGAUGCCGAGGGGGAGGACGAUAUUGACGGCGAGUAUGAAAUGGAUGGCGACGUGGUGAUGGAGACAUGA